AAUUUGUUUUGAGUUGUGUGAGUUAACUGUGAUUAACAGCCCUACCUACAAGUCAUUGUAUCAUUUCAUGUGAACAUCCUCCUUUUGUCAUUUUCAAUAUUUUUUGGUAUGACGUUUUCUAAUACAGUAGAGUGAGGGGCUUAUAUAUUCCAUCCAGUAAUGAGAUUUUCUUUUUUCAGAUUUUGCCUGUGGCCCACACAAAGAUACAUCCGGAUCAGAAACUGGGUGAAAGUGUUCAACAGCUUCUACUAACAAAAAUUGCAGUCUACCUGAUGACUUUCUUAAUAGUAACAGUGGCCUGGGCAGCACAUGUAAGACUGUUUCAGGUAAUCGAACUGAUAGAUGAUGUCCUUGCCCUUCUAAAUUUGGCAUGCAUGAUGCUCAUAACUUUCUUGCCAUAUACAUUUUCCUUAAUGGCCUCCUUUCCAGCUGUACCUUUUGGUAUUUUCAUGUUUAGCACUUGUGCUGUUGUCAUCGGCCUUAUCCAGGCAGUGAUAGUAGUCUAUGGCUUCUAUCAUCCCUACUUGCUAAAUCGCCAGAUACAGGUGUCUGAAAACCAGGCCUUCUACAAACAUCACAUCUUACAGAUCAUUCUGAGAGGACCAGUUGCCUGCUUUUUAGCAGCCAUUUUCUCCUUUUUCUUUAUCCCAAUGUCUUAUGUUCUGCUUGGGCUUGUUUUCUUUUUUCCACACAUCGCUCGGUUAAUUAUUUGGUGUAAAACCAAGAUUGUUGGUCCAAAAGAGGAGGAGGAGCCUCAUAGCUUAGAGUCCUUCACCUUUUACCUCAGCGAACCUUUAAGUAAGGACCGCAUGGAGGCGUUCAGUGACGGCGUGUAUGCUAUUGUGGCAACCCUGCUCAUUUUGGAUAUAUGUGAGGACAAUGUCCCUGAUUCCAAAGAAGUUAAAGACAAAUUCCAUGACAGCCUCAUUGAAGCUUUACGUGAAUAUGGACCAAACUUCCUUGCCUACUUUGCCUCCUUUGUAACAACUGGCCUUCUCUGGUUUGUCCACCACUCACUUUUCCUUCACAUAACAAAAGCGACCCGAUUUAUGGGACUGCUCAACACAUUUUCACUGGCUUUCAUUGGUGGGCUUCCUCUCGCUUACCAGCUGACCAGUGAAUUUGCAGAGAAGUCUCACAAUGAAAUAGAAGCUAUUCAGGUCAGCUGUGUUAUCACAUUCUUUGCUAGCAUCUUUCAGUUUGCUAUAUGGAUCACAGCUUUGUUCCACGAAAGGGAAACCUUGAAUCCAUUGGCUAGGUAUGGUGGCAGUGAACAUGCCUUUAUGUUUGCUAAGCUUGCUCUGUACCCUUGUGUCAGCCUCGGUGCCUUCUUUCUAACAUGCUUGUUAAGUGAAUUCAGCACAGCAAUUUUUCACAUCAUGCAGAUUGUGGUCCCAUUUGCUUUCCUUGCCCUGCGCCUCCUUGUCACAAUUUCUUUGGUGGUGAUUAAAUCAAUAUUGUCUCUCUCCAGACGGAAGAAUGUACUGAAGAAACUCAUGUCCCUUUCUUUAGAAAUUAAGUAUUUCCGUUCCUUAGAUGAGUGGAGGAACCAGAGAAUGGCACGAUCUCCCUCCUUAACAGAUUACCCAUGA